AUGGCGCGACGUUUGUCUGAGGCAGACAUGGUAGAUGCAUUGAAUGCUAGUGGAAAGUACAACAUUGAGUACAAGGGUACAAUUACAUCUAUUCCAAGUCUAAAGAAAGAAAGUUAUGUUUUGAAUAUGCCUCAUAUGGGAGGAUCAGAUAGUCAAAGGGGUCAGCAUUUAACAUCGUCGACUUAUAUUCCUAAGAUUUCUCCAUUUUCUGGUGAUGAUCCACCUCAGAAGGGAGAUUCUUCUUUUAUGGAAUGGUGUUUUGAAGUCAGAUGUUUAAUGACAGAUCCUGAGAUGCAUCCUCCUAUGGUGUUGCAAGCAGUCCGGAAAUCACUGCGUGGUACUGCAAGGUCAAUGCUAAUUCCACUUGGUGAACGGGCAACAGUUACAGAUAUUAUAUCAAAGUUAGAUAUUUUGUUUGGUGACGUCCUUACAAAUGGCAUGAUCAUGCAAGAAUUUUUUAAUGCUAGUCAAAAGUCAGAAGAGUCAGUUACUGCUUUUGGAUGCAGAUUGGAAACAAUGUUGCAAGCAGCAAUUAAUUGUAGUGAUUUGGAUAGGCAUUCAAAGAAUGAUUUGCUGCGGCAUAAGUUUUGGACACCAUUGAAUUGUGAGAAGUUGAAAUCACAAACUAGACACAAAUACGAUACCAUCAGGGAGUAUGAUGAUUUGUUAAGGGAGAUAAGGAAAGUUGAAAAAGAACUUAGUAUGACAACUGCAACAAAUAUGUCCAACAAGAGGGUUCAUCAGCAGGCGAUGCCAACGGUUGGGGUUGAUAAGGUGUGUGCAUUAGAGUCGCAGUUCGAUAGGAAGUUGGAGAAUUUGAAAAGGAAGUUAGAUAAAAAAAAUAGAUGA